AUGGUACUUCGACAGUGCUUAGCGUGCAAUGCCAUGGUAAGUUUUAAAAAUGACCUUAUGAUUUCACUGAAGAUAGCAAUAUUACUGCAUGCAGAGGAGUUUAUUUCGAGAAGGAAAUAUUCAAAUUUAUCUUUGUCCGUUGAUAAAAUUAAUUUCCAUAUUAACGUCCUAUUCCGUCACACAACGACGAGAAGAGCAACUUGAUUAGUUUUGGUCAUGUUGACGACAACUUGCUUCCUCUGGAUCGUUGUCUAAAUUACAGAUUCGCAAAAAUUUAUCGACUUAUUGAAUCUGCAGUUAAAUCUCAAGUAUUUCACGGUAGUUUUAUACGCUUGCCAAGCACGCGUUGGCGACCCAAGGCAGGUCAAGGCGGGCUCUCGAAACUAUUGUACACCCACAUUCUAGUUCAAGUAACGUAAGCUUACAUACAUAGAGAUUAAGGGGGUUGCCUAUAUUUUGUCGAACACAAUUUCCAAGAUCUGCACCAAGAACGUUGUUUUCGGAGCAAGCCCUAGAAACCCCUUUUGUUAUUUUCCGCCCUCUCACAACCUGAUGUAAAAAAAUCAAAAAAUCGACAAAUCUGCUGGGUCAGGUUCUCUAAAGCCCUAAAUGCAUUGGCGGAUUUGUAUCUUACUUGUUUUAAGGGAUUCAGCCGUUUUAUCAUUUAAUUGGCAACUUGUUAGAUGGAACAUGAGUCCGCCAUGAACGGAUGUUGAUCUUGCAUAUCAUAGUCGCGCUUUUUCCGCCAAUUGUGAAACACAAGCAUUCGUGUUAAAAACUCAGUUAAACCUUACUCACUUCGAUUCAGUAUGCUGACUUCAGGUAUAUUUUCACGUCAAAAUAAAUAUUUCAGGAUUAAACAUAUUUGACUACUUCAGCUAUCACAGCAAUUUCAGUUUCGUAGAGGUCGCAAAGAUUCUUUUACAGCCGAUCAGCUCUAAUUUUACCCGGUGCCGUUCAGAGAAAGUUGGUGAAGUUUCUCCUUUAAAGCUCUUCACAAGUAUUAGGAACAUCAGUCGCGCUAUCCACUGGAUAGAGAUUUAUCCGAUGGAUAGCUUUAUCCACCUUUUCAACAACUGGGGCCUGGAGUUAAAACCAAGAUACAAUUUUACGUGUAAAGGUGACAGCUUAAAACUAACAAGCUAUGAACAAAAUUACCCGAAGUGAAGUUUACUUCAGAACUUUGAAUUAGCUCGUUUUAUAUCUAUUAUUUGACUUUCAUGUCAAACUGCACAAACUCGGGUGAUUACUGAAAAAAUGAAUCAUGCCCAAAAGCAUUGCAAUAAUCAUCCUCACCUCUCUCCCCAGAUUACAGAUUCGUGCAGAUCCUGCGCCUGUGGUCACGUGUUUGAGGACAGGAAACAGAUUGGUGGAAAGAGAUUUUCAGGUAGGAAUGUCAUGACGCUGGUUAUAACUGGUUAUUGGUCUCAUUUGCAUAGAGUUAGUGACAUCGAUAUAUGAAGAUGUAAAUUUGGACAGGUGCAGAACCCUGAUCCGGAGCAUCUUUGGCAAUUUUCCCACUUGGUGUUCAGACACAGUGCCCGACGAUACCGAACUCGCUGAGCACUAAUGUGAACACGCCCUUUUUGCAAUUAUAUACGCAAGAAUUCGGAAAUGGUGUCAGUGCCGCAGUACUCGGGCAAUGUACUGGGCACACGCCUCUGUGUGCACACCUUUCCUGUUAGCUCUGAGGCAAUCUACUGCUUUGUAAACCCAUAACUCCUCUCACGCAAUGGCAUACGUUCCAAAUGGCGUUUCAAGUAUUUACGCAGUUACAUAUAAUGGUGUUGUGUACACCCAAGAUGUGAACACAAUAACAUUUUGUGCCAGUAUUGAGACACCAGUGCUCGGCCAGCACCAAGUGUGAAGCCGCCUUUGACGAAUCCCAGUUAAACUGCCUGUCAAUUCAACGCAGGCGUACUUGCGUACUUAGACAUUGUUGGCCGCCUGUAAGAAGGUCAAAAACGGACUUCAUGUAAAAGCCUGUUUCAACUUAUAAGGUUCUUUUUUUAACAAGAAUCCUUUAGACAACCGCCUUUCCGUCCCAAAAGUAAAGAGUUCAUUAGCGACAUAUACAGUCGAAUCUCGAACCAUGUUUUACGUUCGUGACAAGUCGAAAAAAAAGAAGAAACAGUUUACUGCAGGUCCCGGCGAAACAUUGAAUUUAACUGAAAUUAAAACAAGCGUGUAUUCUUUUGCCUUUACUUUUUUUGUCAGUCCAGUCCAAAUGCAGUGUCCAGCCCUGUAUAUUAAUCAGGCUUUGUCGCUUCUGAUUUCGUUUGAUUCCUUUUUCAAAAUACCAGUAUAUCUCUUUCUGCCCUUCAAGUUAAGUGUACAUGGUACUUAUUUUAAUUGCACACCUUCACAAUCGUCGUUUCCUUAUUUUCGGUUAUUGGCUUCGAACUCCCGAUAACUGGAACUUUUCUCUAUUUCCCCACAAGGUUCAAGUUAUCAGGAAUCGACUGUAGAUUUGACUACGAGUGAAAUCGCAAACGAGUCAGUACUGACGAAUUUGGAAUUUGAAGCUAAAUGCAUCCCCUGAAUAACAACGCUUCUCUUUUGCUGACUAGCACUCGUGGUCGUACUUAACUCAAUCUCGUUAAGUUCUAUUUCGUAGUCCAAAUCUAAAGCGAGGGCGUCGAAGAUACUGUAUACAGCUAUUUCUAGAAACAUUGUCGGAAAAAAAUGUGCACGCGACAAUCCUGAAAGGUAAUAUGCGAUAUGAUUGAUACACUGUUUCUGACGACUUAAGCUGUCGAUGCUACUUUUGUUGUUUUACUUUAGCACUCGCAAGCAUACGUCCAUGGCCUCUCGUGCCAUUCUUUCACAUUUCUUUGAACAACGGUGAACACAAAACCAACCACAACACCUUUCGGGAUUGUCGUGUGCACUUUUUCCGACAACCUUUCUCAAAAUAGCUGUAUAGUCUAAGAUCAAUAGGAAGAUUACCAUUCCCUUAAAGCAUUGCAAUUGAUGAAGAUACCAGGAAAUGCCCUUAUAAACCGACUAAAUUAAAAACGCUAUCAAGUAGCACUUUUCUUUCACUGGCAUCAUUCGUUUCAGCAUAAAGGAUUCACGCAUUUUUGGGGGUUGUUGUUAAAUUUCAGAAUAUAGGGCAGCGUUAUACACUCGUCUGGAAAACAGAAGAGAAAAACAGUUGAAGCGGAAAAAGAGACUACAAGUGAAUGAAACAGAAACUGGACCACAACCUCUAAAGGAGCGAAAGGUACGUACAGUGUAGGAAAGCUAGAGAUGUAUUUAGUACCUACGGAAUCUACAGUGCUGUGGCAGUGAGGGAGUUAUCCAUGGCGGGCCCCAUUAAACCUGUGUAGCAGGCGUUCGAAGGACGAAGGAAAGGGGAAAUUAAGUUAGGGCGCAAGUACACAUGAAGGGCACGCGAGGGAGGGAGAAAGAAGGAAAGUAGGAAUUCCUUUCCCUCUUUCCUCCCGCGUCGAAUUUCCCCUAAUUUCCCCUACCCUUUGUUUUUCUCUCUCCCCGCCGCGUAUCGCCUUUUCUCGCGUGGGGUGAUUUUCACGCGCGCUCGCGUUUCGCUCGCUCUACUACCCCUGAGGAAAAAUGGGGUCUACUCGUAGUCUACUUUCAAACGACUUCCACACGGGCUUCGCAUCGCUAGUUCAGGGCCACAGAGGAAAAUUUCCUGUAGCUUAAAAGGAAAGGACUAUGACACCUAAUUUGCUAUUGCCAUGCUAUUGCUAAUGUAAUGUCUUUAUCACCUUCAUAACUCUACAGUAUAUAGCAUUCUGGUGACAUGCCCCUCUUAGCGAGCCUUAAAGGAGCUGUGUCACGAAAUUCAGCCAAAUUGGUAAUUACAAAAUGCUCGUUAGAUUAAGAGAAACAUAAAAAUAACCACUUAAAACAUUAAAGGAAGGUUAAAAUAACACAACAGAUACAACAGAUUCCACGGAUGGGCAGAACUGAAGAAGAUUGAAACGGACUGAAAUUAGGGUUUUUGAAAACUGUUCAGCCCAACAGUUUUUCAAAGUUGAUCUCUGCUGUUUGCAACUUCAAAUAUAAUGAUCAAGAGACGUAUCUAUUUGUCUCAAAUCUUUGAUUUUGUCAUUCACAUGUAAUUUCUUUGCUUACAUUAAGUUCCAUAGCGAUUACGGGCGAGCAAUUGGCAAAAUUAAACAAAAUGAACUGGACUGCCGUGACACAGCCCCUUUAAGCGAGCCUUCUCUUUCCCACAGGAAUUUCAUAUUUUCUUGAACGCUGCCUCAUUUUUUCCCCAAUUUAGAUUAAUGUUGAAGACGCCACAGUUCUUCCUUCGGGUUUUGAACCCAAGAACUACACCUUCAGCUCCAAAAAGCAUCACCGUAAAAUAAAGGGCAAAAAGAUUCAUCGGCCAUCACCGAGCCCAAGUACCGUACCACCGGAACUAGUGUCUAGGCUCCCAAGCGCUUUACAGGAAAUUAACCGAAGACUGACAGGACAAAACAUGAUGUGGUGGAUGAUGCAGUUAAAUUAA